AUGGCUGAUGAGCUAGCUGCUGUUUUCAGCAACCGUUCGCAAAAAUAUCUGCAAAAGAGAGGUUCAAGCACUGAGGAAGAGUCAGAGAAGAGGAACGUCAAGGUAGUGUCUUCGUAUGGUGGCGAGGACGAUUCUUUGAGUACGGGUUCAAUUUCCGAGAAGGAUAUCGAGGUCAAAACUGCUUGGCAAAAAUUCUAUUGCAAUUGGUUGGUCGUGGAUAAGGCGUAUUUAGGUGUGAGUUUGAAGCAGUCGUUUUUGAAUAAUCAUGAUUUGAAGCCUGUUGAAGAGAAGAGAAGAAUUUGGUCUUGGUGGAAUUUUGCUUACUUUUGGUUAGCUGACUGUUUCAACAUCAAUACGUGGCAAGUGGCUGCGACGGGUUUGCAAUUAGGUUUGAAUUGGUGGCAAUGCUGGAUCACCAUCUGGAUCGGCUACGGUUGUGUUGGUUUAUUCGUUGUGCUUGCUUCAAGAAUUGGUUCGUCAUACCAUCUCUCCUUCCCAAUAGCCGUUAGAGCUUCAUUUGGUGUUUACUUUUCCAUGUGGCCAAUCAUUAACCGUGUUGUUAUGGCUAUUGUGUGGUAUUCUGUUCAGUCCUACCUAGGUGGUUCUACCAUCUCACUGAUGUUGAAGUCUGUGUUUGGAAGAAACUUGGAAACAAGAAUCCCUGAUCAUUUCAAUUCGCCGAAUGCUACUACAUACAACUUUAUGUGUUUCUUCAUUUUUUGGGUCGGCAGUCUUCCAUUUUUGUUAAUUCCCCCACAUAAGUUGAAACAUUUAUUCACAGUCAAGGCAGUCAUGGUUCCAUUCGCUGCAUUUGGAUUUUUAAUUUGGGCCGUUAGAAAGUCACACGGGACUAUUGCUCUAGGAGCUUUGAAUGAGUUUGAACCCCACGGCUCAGAGUUCAACUGGAUUAUGGUUAGAUCCGUUGUCGGCUGUUUGGCAAAUUUUGCAACUCUAAUCGUUAAUGCACCAGAUUUCGCAAGAUUUUCAACUACUAAAAACUCCUCCUUAUGGAUCCAGCUUGUCGCUAUCCCAUUUCUGUUCUCUAUUACAUGUUUAGUUGGUAUUAUAGUUACAGCAGCGGGAUUUCAAUUAUACGGGAUUAAUUACUGGUCUCCAAUCGAUGUGCUGGCACAAUUUUUGGAAACAACUUUUACAAGGGGCACAAGAGCUGGUGUUUUCUUGAUCUCAUUUGUUUUUACAGUUGCUCAAUUGGGUACCAAUAUUUCUGCUAAUUCUCUAUCAUGUGGUACCGAUAUGACUGCUCUAUUCCCCAGGUUUAUCAACAUUAGACGUGGCUCUUUAUUCUGUGCUGCCAUUGCAUUAUGUAUUUGUCCAUGGAAUCUUUUGGCAACAUCAAACAAAUUCACUAUGGCUUUAUCAGCUUAUGCAAUUUUCUUGUCCAGUAUUGCUGGUAUCGUGUUUGCAGACUAUUUUGUGGUAAGAAGAGGCUAUGUCAAAAUUACACACUUAUACUCUAACCAAAAAGGCUCAUUCUACAUGUACAACAAAUACGGCUGCAACUGGAGAGCCGCUGUUGCUUAUCUGUGUGGUAUUGCUCCAAAUUUACCGGGUUUCAUCGGAACUGUCGGUGCACCAGCCAUCACUGUUUCUCAAGGUGCAUUAAACUUAUAUUACUUGAAUUAUUAUAUCGGCUAUUUUAUCAGUGCCCUGAUAUAUAUCGUACUGUGCUAUUUCUUUCCAGUUCCUGGGCAGCCUGUGAAAAAUAUAUUGAAAGAUAAAGGAUUUUUCCAACGCUGGGCUGAUGUCGAAGAUUUCGACAAUGAAUGGAAAAUGACAUUAAAGAAAAAAGACCUUACAGAUGAUGUCGUUGAUGUCUAUGAAUACGGUACUGGAAAAGCGUUCUUCUAA